AUGAUAUAGAGUGAGUAAUAAAAAUGCAAUAGCAAAAAUUCUAGAGGGAGAAAGGGAGGAUCCAGUUGAGGUGGAGAAGAGCGGGAGCAUGUCCAACUGCCAAGUCAUCUAACGUAUUCACUCUCGGACAAGUGCCACACCUUCCUCUUUCUUUGUUCUGUCUACCGCUCCUUCUUUGUCUUCCUCGUUAAACCUCAUCUAUCAUCAAAGGAAGGAGAGAAUUAACAGUUAACCACCCUCGCCACUUGUUGUCAAUGGUGACCCUGAAAGCAGGGACCAGACCGCCAUGGGUAGGACUUGGAGCUGCUGUCUGGGUGCAAAUAGCAUCUGGGAAUGCGUACAACUUCCCUCUCUAUUCCCAUUCCUUGAAAUCUGUUCUUGGUUUUAAUCAGCACCAGCUUACCAUGCUUGGGGUUGCUAAUGACGUUGGCGAGAAUACUGGACUCCUCCCUGGUAUUGCCUGCAACAAGUUCCCGCCUUGGUCCAUUCUCCUGAUUGGUUCUUUUGCUUGUUUCUUUGGUUAUGGUGUUCUUUGGCUUGCUCUUAGCCGCACUAUCCAGUCUAUGCCUUAUUGGUUGCUAUGGCUUGCACUAUGUGUUGCCACUAAUAGUAGUGCUUGGUUGAGCACUGCUGUACUUGUGACCAACAUGAGAAACUUCCCUCUUAGCCGAGGCACAGUUGCUGGUAUUCUCAAAGGUUAUGGAGGAAUCAGUGCUGCAGUGUUUACUGCAAUUUACAGUAUGCUGCUUCAUAGUUCCUCAUCUAAGCUUCUGAUGUUCCUUGCACUUGGAGUUCCUGUUCUUUGUUUCCUAGUGAUGUAUUUUGUAAAGGCUUGUGCUCCAGCUUCUGGUGAAGACUCUUCAGAAAAUGGACAUUUUCUUUUUAUCCAAGCAGUCCUUAUAACACUUAGCUUAUAUAUCCUAAUAACGACGAUAUUGGACCACACGCUUCACUUGAGUGCCCCAAUUUCUUAUACUCUUCCUGUCAUAAUGUUUGUCCUUCUCAUGGCUCCAUUUGCAAUACCCAUAAAGAUGACAUUAUGUCGCACUAUGACCAGAAAAUCAGGGAUGCUUGACCGAUCAAUUGUAUCUUCGGACAAUCUGAUACAGGUAGAAGCUAGUGCUGACAAAACUGAACCAUUUCUCAAGACAUCCUCAUCAGCACAGAUCCUUGGAAGCUUUCAGGAAAGUGAUGAGACAUCUGAGGCAGCUAAUAUGCUUCUAGCUGAGGGUGAGGGUGCAGUGAAAAAGAAGAGGAAGCCUAAAAGGGGGGAGGAUUUCAGAUUUAGUGAAGCCAUAAUCAAAGCUGAUUUCUGGCUGCUCUUCUUUGUUUACUUUGUUGGGGUCGGUUCUGGGGUAACUGUGCUCAAUAAUCUGGCUCAGAUAGGCAUUGCACAAGGUGUGCAAGAUACCACAGUCUUGUUGUCUCUCUUCAGCUUUUGCAAUUUUGUGGGACGUCUUGGUGGUGGUACCAUUUCUGAACAUUUUGUCAGGUCAAAAACUGUCCCACGAACAAUGUGGAUGACAUGCACUCAAAUAAUAAUGAUCAUAAUAUAUCUGCUGUUCGCUUCCGCCAUUGACGGUACCCUUUAUGCUGCAACUUCUUUACUUGGGAUUUGCUACGGGGUUCAAUUCUCUAUCAUGAUUCCAACAGUCUCUGAGCUUUUCGGCUUGAAGCAUUUCGGCAUAUUUUAUAAUUUCAUGUCCCUAGGGAAUCCUCUUGGUGCAUUCCUCUUCUCAGGUCUGCUUGCAGGAAAUGUAUAUGAUACUGAGGCAGCAAAGCAACAUGGACUGGAUAUGUUGCUUGGCUCAAGCAUCUCCUGCACUGGUCCACAUUGCUUCAGACUCACAUUCCUGGUUCUGGCUGGUGCCUGUGGUGUGGGUUCCAUCUUGAGCCUUAUUCUAACUAUGAGAAUAUGGCCAGUUUAUGAGAUGCUUUAUGCUGGGGGUUCCUUCAGCCUUCCUCAAACCUCAGCUCAUUAAGAUUAUUGAAGUAAAACAUGGAGAUCUUGAGGACAUAAAAGAAAAGGCCAUUCUACUGAAGCACAUGCAGUAUAUAGCUCAUCAACAAUUGUAAGUUUAAUAAUUAUAUGAGAUUUAUAGUACAAUGGCUGUCCAUCAAUUCAACUUGCAUCUAAUGCAUAACUAUGUAAAUUACGAUGCGUUAGUAUACUUAUUACAGUUGUAGCAAGCCAUUACUUGGGUUUUUAGGAUGGUCUAUUUGAUGAGGGUUUUAGUUUAGCUUGCUAUGUUAUGUUUUUCCUAGAU